CAUUUUGUGGUUUUGGUUUUAACGGCCCAUGUUGGAGAGUUCUGGAAAAUCGUUUGGCAAUGGAGGAAUAAAAACUUUCUCAGCGUUUGUCACGUUUCUCUUUAGUUUUGUCACUUUGGGCUGGUUCGGGGGUUCGUCCCUCCCCGCCGCCAGGGGGCGCUGCCGGGGCGGCGCUGGGCGGAAGGGCGGGAUAUGCCCGAACUUCCGGGGUGGGGCGGCAAGAUGGCGGCCACCAAGAGGGUGCUGUACGUGGGCGGGCUGGCGGAGGAGGUGGACGAGAAGGUGCUGCACGCCGCCUUCAUCCCGUUCGGCGACAUCACCGACAUCCAGAUCCCGCUGGACUACGAGACCGAAUGAGUCUGAGCUCUUUGGUCGGACGAUUCGAGUGAACUUGGCCAAACCAAUGCGAAUUAAAGAAGGAUCGUCUCGGCCGGUGUGGUCAGAUGAUGAGUGGCUGAAGAGGUUCUCAGGAAAGACCCUGGAGGAGAACGCAGAGGAAGGAGGAACAGAGGCACCCAAACCAGAGACACAGGAGGGUGAGCCUCCUGCCAAGAAGUCCCGGGCCAACCCCCAAGUUUACAUGGACAUCAAGAUUGGCAACAAACCUGCAGGGCGGCUCAAGAUCCUGCUGCGCUCCGACGUGGUGCCCAUGACUGUAGAAAACUUCCGCUGCCUCUGCACCCAGGAGAAAGGCUUUGGCUUCAAGGGGAGCAGCUUCCACCGCAUCAUCCCCCAGUUCAUGUGCCAGGCUGGGGACUUCACCAACCACAACGGCACCGGAGGAAAAUCCAUCUAUGGGAAGAAGUUUGAUGAUGAAAACUUCAUCCUGAAGCACACGGGACCAGGGUUGCUGUCCAUGGCCAACGCCGGCCCGAACACCAACGGCUCCCAGUUCUUCAUCACUUGUGAUAAAACCGACUGGCUGGACGGGAAGCACGUGGUGUUUGGGGAGGUGACAGAGGGCAUGGACGUGGUGCGGCAGAUUGAGGCUCAGGGCACCAAGGAUGGGAAGCCAAAGCAGAAGGUGAUAAUCUCCGACUGUGGGGAGUGUGUGUGACUGCAGCAGUGACCCAGCUGUCCCUGCAAGGGUUGGUCCCCACGCCUGCAGCAGUGCUGUGCAGUGAGCGGGCAGGUGGCUGCUGCAGGUACAUGGUGUGUGCGCUGCCCGGUGCUGCCAGUGUCUGCCACGCGCUGGGUAAAGACUUGUUAUGUUUGGCAGAAAUAAUAAAACCUGGUUUUAUAAGAA